UUUUUGCAAACCAACAUCUAAUUAGUUAAUUGGAUUAAUAAGCGCAGUAAAAAACGGAUAACAAUUAAAUUGUAUUUUAACAGUGUUUCAAGAAGUGAUAACUCAUAAAUUUUGAUAAUCAUGUCGAAAAUUAAUACUAUUGUGUUUUUCACCGCCAUUUGUGGAUUUACCAUACACUUGGCGCUAUCGCAAUUGGAUGGUUAUGUGGCCGGUCAGGAUUAUCCAAUCUACAGUGAAAUCCCCAAAGGACUAUCGUUCAAGUGUGAUCAACGUUUGCCAGGCUAUUAUAGCGACCCUGAAGCGCAAUGCCAGGUAUGGCACUGGUGUUUGCCGAGUGGUCAACAAUUCAGCUUCCUUUGUCCCAAUGGCACCAUCUUCAAUCAAUUUGCUCGUGUCUGCGAUUGGUGGUUCAAUGUUGAUUGCGCCAACACACCCAGCUUGUACAAUGUUAACGAAGAUCUAUACAUCGUUCCUCAAAACACCAAACGCAGCCGUCGACACUACAACCACCAUUACUGAUCAUUUAGUUCACAUCAAUCAAACGCUACAACAAAUUAAAAUUGAUUCAACUUCAUACGAAUCAUGUGAUGCAAAAUUUCAAUGCCAUUGAAAAUUAUCAAAUUUUUAAUUAAAGACAUAGAGUAUUAAUAUAUUAUAUCA